GAGCCCAACGGCCCAGCUCCCACACGAUCCGAGAGGAAAAAGGGUCGAGAGAACGAAAAAAAAAAAAGCACGAGACUCACGCAGCCUCCUCGACGCGCCGCCGCCGGCUCAUCGACGCCGGCGUCCCUCCUCCGGCAAACUAACCGGGCUUGCCCAGUAGCUUGUCCUCUUCUAUCCCAAGCCUCAGUGCCAGCAGGCAGCAGCAGCAAGGAAGUUAGAAGCAUGAAGCCCGAAGAGAAGCCCAACCGGCCGCCAUCACGGCUGGACUGCAUAAAGUACUUCAAUGCACUAUGGUCCUGCUACUCGCCAUUCCACCAGAUGCAGAACUAUUACCGCUACGGGGUUUUUGACAACUGCUCCAGCAAGUGGCGCGAUCUCGUCGACUGUCUCAUGCUCAAGACGAAGUCGAGGGCGGAGGUAGAGGAGAUGCUCAUGGCGCGGGAGAAGGCCAGGCCGCACUUCUGGACCUACCGGACUGUCGACGAGGCGUCAGCGAACUGGUGGAAGAUGUACAAGCACAGGGUGAUGAUGUCGUCACCGCCAAAGACUGCAGGUUCUGCUGCGCCUCCUCCCAAACCUGCUGCACCGAAGAAGCGUUGAUUGUGCUUUUGGUGCGCUGUGCUUAUAACCACCGGUCUUUGUUCAAUCUUGAGUUACCGUGACAGGGUAAAUAAUUGGAACCCUGUAUGGAAGGAUACCCUAACCAUGUUCUGUAAAGCAUGGCAGGCAGCUGAUCGGUGGUUCUUAUGCUAUUUUUUGCACCAGCUAUGUUAGCUUUCUGCCUAAUUAUCAAGCAUAAAAGUUUUGGUUUGUGCUGUGGUGUGUUCUCAUUAAUUUUUAAUAAAUGCAGACUAGCUAAUUUCAGUUCA